GUGUCGGCGCCUGGCAGAGAAGUGAGUGGCUGGUCUAGUUAAAGCGACUGCCUAUCACACGCGUGGCCGCAGUUGUCAUAGCAACACGUGCUCUCUCUCCUCUCUCGGUGCAAACAUGAGCGACAUGGACUCCGACUGCGAUGAUGUGUUUACGGAGGAUUCAAAGAGUUAUGGAUACGCGGAUGAUCCCAAAGGAAUUUCCGGAAUUGAAAACGAUGGACAUCACGUGCUGAAUCGAAAAAGGAGACGGGGUAUUAUUGAAAAAAGAAGACGGGAUCGCAUUAAUAAUUCUUUAUCUGAGCUGAGGAGAUUAGUUCCUGCUGCUUUUGAAAAACAGGGCUCAGCAAAAUUAGAAAAGGCAGAAAUUCUUCAAAUGACUGUUGAUCAUCUAAGGUUGCUUCAUACUAAAGGAAUGGAACUGUUCAGCUUCGACCCACACGGCCUAGUCAUGGACUAUCACAGCAUUGGCUUCCGGGAAUGCGCAUCAGAGGUAGCUCGGUACCUAGUCAGCUUCGAGGGACUGGACCUACAGGAUCCCUUGCGCCUACGCCUCAUGAGCCACCUCCAGUGCUUCUCCGCACAAAGGGACCUCGCUCUCAAAAGUCCCAGUCCUCCUCACCACCCGUGGUUCGCAGGACCCGUCCCUCGUCCCAGCAGUGGGGGCAGCUUGAGCAGCGCCGUGUCCACAGACAGUCCCAGUUCGCCCCUUCAAAGUCUUCCAUCAAGUCCGAGUUUGAACAGAGUCUCUAUCUUUCGACGCACAUCCGCCAUUGGUUCUGAUGGUCCGGCACAGCCCUCUCCAGUCCGGCCAUAUCGACCUUGGGGAGCAGAAGUUGCCUACUGACGAAAUAUUGACACUAGUUCUGUUUCCUCACACAUACGUGAUGAAUAAUCAGAAGUCGUCUAUCGCAGGCCCUAGUUCUGUUUUCUCAUGUGGAACGUGUGAGUUAGCUGUUGUAAAUUGACGAAAUAUCGACACAAGUUAAUACUGAAAAUCAUUUAUCGCAUGCGCUACUUCCGUUUCCUCAUGUUGGACGUGCAAACCUACAGCUGCACAUUGACGAAAUAUCGACGCUAGUUAAUGUCGAAAAUCGUCUGUAACAAAUGCUACUUCUGUUUCCUCAUUUAGGCCGUGCGAACCUACACUUGCACAUUGACGAAGUAUCGACACUAGUUAAGGUUUAAAAUUGCUUUUCGCAUGCAUUAGUUCUGUUUCCUCAAGUUGUAUGAAUAAGCUGUUGCUAAGUGAGGAAAUAUCGGCACUGGUUAAUGGUUCUUUACGUACACAUGGUGAAUCAAAAAUUGCCUUCUGAAGACAUAUCGCCAUUAGUUUUCUCAUGUUGUGAACCAGCUGCUACUAAUUGAUGAAAUACAGACACUAGUUAUGUUUUCUCACGUGGAGUCUGUGGAUCAGAAAUCAUCUAUUGAACAUUCUCGACAUCAGUUUUGUGUUUUCAUACAGACAUGUGAACCAGCAGCUGCAGAUUGACGAACUAUCGGCAUUUUUUUUUUUUUUGUUUGUUUGUAUAUACCUGGUGAACCGCAAGUUCGCUUCUGGUUCACCAAAAAUUGAGAAAUUAUAUUUCGAUUGAACAUUUCAAUGUUGUGCAUGAACGAGAUGAAUUUGUUGUGGAGCUUCACGAAAUUUCAUCAUGAUGUAAGUUUAAGUUGCUACUUUUCAACCGAAAUUUCGGUUCUUCAUUAGCUGUUUGGAAUUUUUAAAUUUUUUCGAUCUGAGAGAUGAAUUUCCCUCCACAAGUCAAUUAUAUUCUCAAUAGUCAAAUUAUAAUCCUCGACCUGUUGUUAUGAUAGACAUAAAGAUAUAUAUGACUUAGAAAGUAUUGUAUGGCUCUGGUACAAGACACUUGACCUUGGAUGAGUUCAUUUAUGUUAAAGUUGAAAUUCUUAAGGCCCUGAUUCACCACACUAUUUUACUCUUGAUACCUCGACCCGUAGUUUGCGUAGGUGUCAGGGUUGGCGGUGAAACAGGUGGUGAUACUGGCAGAACGCCAAUAAUCGCUAUUGGCAAAGCAAAUCGCCGUUUCUCACCGAUGUUUUAACAAAUCAAAAGGAAUCGUUUGAAUCUUCCUCAUCGGAAGGCAGUCAUCUUGUCAGAGAUAGACACUAUUGCUUGAUGUGGCCUUAUUCUAGUUAGUGAAAUAGUGUUCUGUUGAAUGCUCUUAAUUUAUUUUGUACAAAGGAAGUGUUUUCCGACAUCAUAGUUGUUUUUAUAAAGAUCUCACCAAAAGUAUUUAUUGUGUGUUAUUGUGUUCAGUUGCAAAAUAAAGG